AUGUAUACACCAUCACCCUCAUGGAGCAAUCUGCUCAUCUCAGCUCUCGCUCUCUCCCCUUUGGCCUCAGCAAUCCCACAACCAGAAACCACAACCAACAUACCUUCUCAAAACACUACAAACUCGACUCUCUUGCCUUACCUCGACCCCUCCCUCUGCAUCAGCGACCGCCUCGAUGACCUACUCUCCCGCAUGACCCUCGAAGAAAAAGCCGGCCAACUCUUCAUCAAGCAAAUCCCCGCCGGUAUCAACGGCACAAUCGACAACACCACCAUAAUCCCCGACGGCACCAGAAACCUCACCACCGCACCCUUGAUAACCGAAAAAUUGCUCUCUCACUUCAACGUCAACAAUGCCCGCUCAGCCCGCCAAAUGGCUGAAUGGCAUAACGAAAUCCAAAACUUGGCUUUGCAGACGAGAUUGAAAAUUCCGGUUACUAUUGCUUCUGAUCCUAGACAUGCGUUUGCGGAUACCGUUGGUUCGUCCAUCGCUAGUGGACAGUUUUCUAAAUUUCCGGAGAGUUUGGGUAUUGCUGCGCUGAGAGAUCCUGUUCUCGCUGAACUCUACGCCACCAUCAUACGUGAAGAAUAUCUGGCUGUGGGGAUUAGGAAUGCAUUACAGCCGCAAAUCGAUGUGGUUACCGAACCACGCAUGGCCAGGAGUGGGCAAACGUUCGGCGAAGAUGCGAAUUUGACUGCUUCGAUGGUUGUGGCGUUGAUUAAAGGGUUUCAAGGGGAGGAGUUGGGGUUGAACUCUGUGAGUACGGUUACUAAGCAUUUUCCCGGUGCUGGACCGAGUAGGAAUGGCAAUGAUUCGCAUUUCGCUACUGGAAAGGAUAAUACUUAUUUCGGCGACUUCUUGGACUACCAUCUGAUUCCUUUCAAAGCGGCAAUUGCAGCUGGAGGUCGCCAAAUCAUGCCGUCUUAUGCUAGACCCAUCGGCACAAAAUAUCCAGAAGUGGCUUUCGGCUUCAACAAACCAGUCAUCACGGGCUUAAUCAGAGAAGAACUCGGGUUCAAAGGUAUAGUGGUAAGUGACUGGGGUCUCAUCACCGACCAAGCAAUCCUCAAUGUAAUCGAACCAGCACGCGCCUGGGGCCUCGAAAACACCACCGAAUCGGAAAGAGCGAAAAUGGUCCUAGAUGCCGGCGUCGAUCAAUUCGGCGGUGAAAUACGUACAGAAUUACUCAUCCAACUCGUAACCUCUGGCCAAAUCCCUGAAUCCCGUCUCGACAUUUCCGUCCGAAAACUACUAGAAGAGAAAUUCCUCCUGGGACUGUUCGACCACAGAUUCGUAGACCCAGAAGCCGCGGAAAAGGUAGUGGGGAAUGCCUAUUUCGCGAGGAUUGGGAAUGAAACGCAGAGACGUGCAUACACAUUACUCACCAAUCAAAUAAACACACUCCCCCUCCGCCCUACCGAUGGCGUUAAAUUCUACGCCAGAGGUUUCAACUCUUCAUAUCUGGAAGCCCGCGGAUUACAAACCGUAGACCAACCCUACAAAGCGGAUUUCUGCUUCCUCCGCCUCAGCACCCCUUACGAAGCCCGCGGCUCACCAUUCCGCCAACGCUACCACGAAGGACGUCUAGAUUUCAACACUUCGCAAAAAGCUUCACAUUCAGAACUGUUCAAUUCCUGUCCUACUAUAGUGGAUAUCUUGCUCGAUAGACCAGCGGUGAUUCCGGAAAUUGCGCAAGAGGCGGCGGCGCUGUUUGGGCAUUAUGGGGCUAGUGUUGAUGCGUUUUUGGAUGUCGUGUUUAAUGUUGAUGGGUGGAAGCCGGAGGGCAAAUUGCCUUUUGACAUGCCGAGCAGUAUGGAGGCGGUGGACGAGCAGGUUGCUGAUGUGCCGUUUGAUACUGAGGAUCCUUUGUUUAGGUUUGGACAUGGGUUGAGUUAUAACAGGACGGCUUUGUGUGGAUAG